AGAUGUAUACGAGCCUCGUAACCCUGCUUCUGCCGGGGCUGCUUUCGCUGUGGCUUGCACUGUCGUCUCCUUUGGUUGACUUCCAGGUUGCACAACCUCUCACUCUACCCCAGGAUACAAAGCAAUGCACGAACAUGAUCCUACAGCGUAUCUUCGCUUCUUCAUACGGCAGUCCCGAGGUCGUUCGAUACAAUCCCCCUACUGACUGCGGACCGCUGGGCUCCUGGGCUGGCAUUAGCUUAAACUUUACGGUAACUUCUAACGGGACCCAGUAUGAUAGGCUCGGCAUUUUCACUCUUGACAAUGUUGAAAUCUGGCGGACGUCGACGCCUGAACCUACGCGAGGCGAUGGCAUAAUUUGGACCUAUCUCAAAGAUGUGACGAGAUACACUCCCUUGUUCGCAAAGAAUGGAACUUUCGUCCUGGAGCUGGACAACAUCGUAGAAACCGGUCUGGAUGGAGAGUACGCAACAACGCUCUAUGCGACUUUUUACGAGUCGUCAACUCAGAAUCCUCCUGGGGAGCACGCCGAUUUGAUCAUCCCUGUCACCACUCUCGAGGCUAAUAGCGGUGACCUUGCCUCAGUACCUCCCGCAUUCUCGCUAAAUGUCACCUUCCCCACCAAUGCUGCGUCGGUAUAUGCGGAGAUAAUUCCUUCAGGUAAUGCUCAGGAGGAAUUCUGGAGUAUGAAUGUUCCCAACCAGUAUUUCAGUGCUUUGCCCAGUGGCACGACGUAUGGUGAUGGGCCCUUCCGAGAGACCCGGUUGUUCGUCGAUGGUCUGCUCGCAGGAGUUAUCUUCCCCUAUCUGGUUGUUUUCACAGGCGGCAUCGCACCCACGCUUUGGAGGCCUAUCGCAGCAUACGCAGCUCUCGACCUCCCUACAUACUACAUUGAUCUGACGCCAUUUGUCCCGAUUCUCUCUGACGGAAAACCUCACAACAUCACUUUAGACGUCGUCUCUGCUGAGGCCAAUCACACUAUCAACCAGAAUUGGUAUGUCACUGCUAAUCUUCAAGUCGUCUUAGAUCCGUCGGAUAAGGCCACGACUGGCGCGAUGACUGUUCAUUCCGCUCCGUUGUAUGCCUCGACAACGACUACUGGAAAGGUGGAUGCAGUUGGAGAUGUUGACUUCACCGUAAGGGCGUCGCAUAACAUCCAUAUCGAGUCCGACGUUGUCACGGGAAGCGGGAUGAGGACUCACGUUGUGUGGUCGCAAACAUUGAGUUACGAGAACACGCAGACAUACCGCCAAAAUGCAAGCGUCCAGACUCUCUACCAAAUAGCUCAAGGCACCAUGUCCUCGACCCACAACGGUGCCCAGACGCUGAUCGAUGACUUUACCUUUCCUUUCUCCAUGAAUUUCACGUACACAGAUACCAACUGGACUACCUGGAUUACAUCUGUAGAUCAUUCAUAUAAUCGUGCAUUGUUACCGGCGCCGUUUAUUCUGCAGACUAAUAGUCAAGAAAGUCAGAAAGCUAAUGCUUUCUUUGAACUGGCGUCCACAGGGAAUUUUGGCAACGGAACAAGCUCCAACACGUUCUCUUAUUCUGAUAUCAAAGACAACACCUACACAAGAUCUGUCAGCUCUGUUAAUACAACCAUCACAUCCGACCGGGAAGGCGGAUCGUCGGCUAACGUCAACUUCCGGUCUACCUCCAACUCUGUAGACACCGCACAAGUGGGAUUUGCUAGACCUAGACUGCCCGGACGUAGCGCACCUUGAUUCCGAUCUUGUUC